UAUUCAAUCGAGCUCUCGUCGGUGUUGCGUUAUUUACUUUCGAAUUGCAUAUACGCGAGUGUCAGUGUCACGUGUGAAUAUCGAGAAUGCCGCGGCGGAACAGACGAACAGAAUUCAGGAUGUUGGACUGGGAAUCCAGGAUGCCGGGGCACGAACUAUGACACAUCAUAUAUUUCAAGGUCUCUAUUUCCCGCAAUCAAAUUUGACUCUAAGGCUCCCGUACUUGGCGCGACAGAGCGCGGUAGUUUCACUGGAGGUGAAACUGAUCGACCUGAGGACCCUUCGGAACGACUAUGGGGCAGCGAAAAACGCCAAGUAUCAGCUGUACACAAACUCGCGGAAGUUCGCGAUCCAGCAGAACAGUAUCGUGUUGCAGGGUCUCAAAAAAAAUGGCGUCGAUACUGUCAUCGUCGAAGCGAGCGAGGAGGGUUUUGGUAAGGCGGUACUCGAUAUACAAGUGCAACCAGUGGCAGUGACAGCGGAAACGAUCAACUGUACGGACUUUUUGCAGGACAUGUGCUUUUGGAACACUUCCAUAUACAAGAUUUACGAGAAUCAACCAGUCACCAUGAUUGGCACGUUCGGCCCGGAGGCGUACGGCUACGUGUGUCCCGAAUUCAACGUCACCAGAUAUGAGUUAUUGAAUGGAAAGAACUACUUUCACACCGUCGACGGCAAGUUGUUCGCGAACGCAUCCUUGGAUCGGGACGUCCGGGGCCCACCCGGAGGACCCGGGCCUCGCGUCAUAGUCAAGGUGAACUGCGUCGUUUGGGAGUCGACCGGCCGACAAUACACGCAGACGAGAGACAUCACAAUCGAUAUCCUGGAUCAAAACGACAAUCCGCCCGUCGUGCAGGGCAACAAAUCCAUCGCCAUGGAGCUCCGGGACUUCACCGUGGGCGACUUGUUGAUCAACAACCUGAUCCUGACGGACGCGGACGCGAUGACUACCAACCAGUACAGCCUCAACCUGCUCGGGGAAGCUCACGACGCCUUCAACAUCAGUUACGACACCUUGCCAAUCGAGCAUGAAAAGCGGCCGAAAGACGUGCCUUCUACUGCUAUUAUUGUCAGGAUCCACGCCGGAAAGACGCUGCUGCCGAAGUCGCCGUGCCGCGUGCUUCUGCGAGCUGUCGACGAGUCGCUUCUACCGAAUUACGGGCCGAAUGUGCUGCUCGUUAAUCUGACAUUCACGGGCCCGGUGCACCAAACUUUCAUGACCACGAAGUCGGCGACCCCGACGACACAAGAGCCGGUCACGUUUCCGACGAGCGUGGAGAUCGCGCGAAUCUCGCCCAGAUACUUUCGCGUGACGGAACCAGCCGUGAAGCUGCAGUCCUCGCGAACUUUCAUCCUGUACGGCUCGAGCGCCUUCAACGUCACUCAGCGGAGCGGCAUCGUCUACGUGUCGAACGAGACAUUGCUGCGCUCUGAGCAAACCUCUAUUAUCUUACUGAAAUUAAAAUGGGGCGAAGAGAAGCGCGCCGAGUGGAUGCUGCUAGUGAAUCUGAUCGACGUGCCGCCGUCGAAGACCAACACUUGCAAGCCGACUCAGAAAGAGAUGCACUCAUGCGCGAACGCACAUUCGUACGACCAAUGCGUGCAAUCCUGCGGAACAGCCAGUGGAGUCUUCAGUAACGGCAGUUUCGUCGGUCGAUGCGCUUGGAGAGGUGACGACAGCAACGAAACCAUCGCCUUUCAGAUGUCGGACUAUUAUUCCACCUGCUCACCGACUCUGGCUUACUGUCCCGACAACGAGUGCGACGAGCUGGAGAGCAGCGAUUCGCGCAUAUGCCCGCAGGAUUGCGUCGCCAAAUCGGACGUGCAUUUUGCGGAGUCCAACGAGGACGGCCGCGGCAUAAAGACAGGCUUAGGUAUCUGCGCCUGCAACGAUCUGCUCAAGUGUACUUGUGGACCCGACACUUUUCGCCACGUGAACAACGUGCCCGGCGUCAAAGAGAAGCGACUGGGCGCCGGAAAAUUACGCGAUCGUGACAACGAGGUCGUCGUGUCCGGCGCGCGCAAAGUGUCCAGCAAUCCGUGUGGUCCUACAUGUAUGAUGGGUGUUAUCGGGGCCAGUCUGUUUGUAUUGAUUGUGAUCGUUGGGUCUUUCGUCAUGUGGCGGUACAGGAGGGCGGCGAAGGGCGCACGGCGGGAAUGCAAACACAGGGUGGACGAUGCAGCGAAUGGUAUUGGCAUUCUACCGUCCGACUACAUCGAUCGUGGUGACGGUCUCUUAAUCGGUCUGGAUACUUUCACGGCGGCGAAUCGUCAUCUGUUGCUGCCCAAGACUUGUCCGCCGGAUCCAAAGUGGGAGUUCCCGCGAUCGCGCCUGACGAUCGAGCAGGUGCUGGGCGAGGGCGAGUUCGGGCGCGUGCUGCGCGCCAAAGCCGUCGACAUCGGUGGAUGGCCCGGGCCCACGACCGUGGCGGUGAAGACCCUGAAGGAGGACGCGUGUGCCUCCGAGUUGGCCGAUCUGCUGUCCGAGUACCAGCUGCUGAAGGAGGCGCAGCAUCCGAACGUGAUCAGGCUGCUAGGCGCUUGCACGACGCCGGGCGCGCCGGUCUACCUCAUCAUCGAAUUCGCCGAAUUCGGCUCCUUACGCAACUAUCUCAGACGCAGCCGGAACCUGAAGACGGAAGGAAGAACCGUCUGCUCGGCGUCUUUGCCUUCCGCUUCGCUGGGCAACCACGCCGGCGAGGAGCUGCGAUGUGCUGAUAACGCGUCGAACUACACGAUAACGCCCCACGAUAUCCUCUCGUUCGCUUGGCAAAUAAGCAAAGGGAUGGCGUACCUGGCCGAUAUUAAGUUGGUGCAUCGGGAUCUUGCGGCGAGGAAUGUUUUGCUCGCCACCGGGAAGGUCUGCAAGAUCUCGGAUUUCGGCCUGACACGCGACGUCUACGAGGACGACGCGUACUUGAAGCGGAGCAAGGGGCGAGUGCCCGUGAAAUGGAUGGCGCCGGAAUCCCUGGCUGACCAUGUGUACACCAGCAAAUCGGACGUUUGGAGCUUUGGCGUGCUCCUGUGGGAGUUGGUCACGUUAGGAGCCUCGCCGUAUCCUGGAGUGGACGUACAUAAUCUCUACAAUCUUUUGAAGACCGGCUACCGUAUGGAGAGGCCGGUCAACUGCUCGCAGCAAUUGUAUAAGCUGAUGAUGUCCUGUUGGCAUCUGGAGCCCGGCAUGCGACCGUCCUUCAAGGAACUGACAUGCCAUUGGGAGCGCAUGCUGGAGGAUGGUGUCGAGUAUCUCGAUCUUAAUCCACGUACCGUCCAUAAUCAGGCCUAUUUCGAGUCAUUGCAUUCCUUGGGCAGGACGGAUGAUUCCGACGACGAUCUGAUGGGCAACAGGACUGUUAGCAAACUGAAGACGGAUACCGUCAACUACCUCGGCAGGAUGUCUUCCGAGCCGGUCACCAAAUGCGACAAGGUAGACAAGCUGCAGGCGCUCUGGCAGAUGUCCAUAACGUCUUUUCCCGAGGAACCUAUCAAGUCCCCUUAUGUGAAUGACCGACAUGAACGACCUGCGAGCCUCAACACCAAUCACUACGAGAGUCCCAUUAAAUUGAGAAACACCAGUGUGAUCAGCAACAGUGAAAACGACCUGAAAGUAACCACCCAGGAACGUCCCCAGUCCUAUAUCGACAUGGAAGGGAAGAAAUCAGCGGAGACGGAGGACCUGUUGGUGUUCGGAAGCAUGGAUGACGACAAGAACGACAAUAACGUGACGAAUUGAGCGACCUAAUCUCGCACACUGGACGUCCGACAAAUGAAAAGUUUCCAAAAUCGAAUCAAGAUACAUGCUCGAUUGUCUGAAUCUCAACGUGUUCUCGAUGUUUUCGAGCGGAUGCACGAUGAAUGGCAAGGAAACCCGACGAAGCAGUGAUAUCAAUCACACGAAUCGCACGACAGAGAAAUAUAUUUAUCUAACGUGGCAAAAGGAAGCCUAAGAGAGAAAAAUGUAUGAAGUGAUUUCAUUGAAACGAAAACUGCCAUUUUUUAUGGCAAUUUUAUGGCAAGGAGCGCGAUGGUACGAUUAGAUCGGAGAAUUUGCAGCGGUGACUACUCCGCAACGGAGUUGAGCACCGCCGGAAGGAUUCCUGAAGAAUUUCCGGAGAAUUCUUGAACAAUUCCCGGAGAAUUCUUCAGACGACCGAACGGAGCGCUCUACUGAGACUUGAGAAUGGACUGUAUGCAGAAGAGAACGAGUGCUAUAUAUAGCGAGUAAAAAUCAGUAAAUAAUUUAUCCUAUUUUUAUGUACUUAAAGUUGUGCGACUGUUUGUCGAUCAGCAGUGGUAAGGCCGCUUUUACUACUUAAUACCGAUAGUUACGCAUCGUAAUAAAUCACUCACGCGGUUUCUCGACGAGGGCCAUUGAGUUCCCCGAUCGGCGUUAAGUGUCUUCUGUGUAUCACACUAAGUGACUGUGAUUUGAAGUUUGAGAGUAGUUUGCUCAUUCAAAGCGACCAGCUUCCUUACGAUCUACAAGCGCUACGUACAGGGUGACCCGAGCCAAGAACUUUCUUAAAAGGGUCGUUUCUCAAUCGGCAAUCUUCUUAACAAAAAACUUAAUUCGUUGUCAUAAGAUCCAUGACUUUAUGUUCCUUCAACUGUUUCUUCUUUUUUGCAUCAAAGAUGCGCGGUCUUCCAUCGAGUUUUCCUUGACAAACGCUCGCGAGGGCGAGAUUAGACACGACAAGAGUGAGGCACCCUGCACGCAGCCACCGGGAUUUGAAACUUGAACUUCCUGUCCCCUCGCCGUGAUCAUCUUGAUUGAUGAUGUCAAAAGUGAGGAAAUGCAUGCCCGAAAUUUCUGCAAAGCACAUCGAAAUAAAAAGACAUUUAAGAAAUAACUUGUAAUUGAUUAAGCACACUUCUCAAAUAUUCCGAACUCAAACUUUCCUUUUGCUCUGACAAUCAAUAAAUGACCGAAAAAUAUAACAAAAAUUAACGUGACAUGCUACCUUCCUUUUUAACCUACAUUUUGUCAUUAUUCUGUCGCCUUAAUUUCACGAUUAUUUAUUGAUCAUUAGAGCAAAAGGAAAGCGUUCGCAGUACUUUAGAGGUGGACUUAAUCGAUUGUAAGUCAUUGUUUGCAUAUGUCUUUUUAUUUCGACGUGCAGGAAUUUGAGCACGCACUUCCUCGCUUCUAACGUCACCAAUUAAAAUAGUCACGGCGAAGAGCAAGAAGUCUUAAUCGUCACGCUUCCCUCGAAACGAGAUACCUUUUACUAUCGCACUAGCUUUUUGUGGCUUUCGUGUGCCCGGCGCAACAGAGCAGAUCGCACAAUGCGACGCACGAGUAGCGGAAGUACGAGUGGCAUUUUUACGAGACGCGUGUUGCGCGAACUGACGGCCGCAGCACGACGACACCAUAUCCGAAGAAGACUGUGUUUUGCCGUACCUCACCGAGAGAACGAAGUCGUCCUUUUUGUAUUUAUGUAUAAAUGCAACAUUCCACGAGACUAGGCUAGUUGUUUCGUCGCGCGAGCACGACGCUCGCGUCUGAUUUUUCAUCUUGCGACACUACGCGUUUAGUGUACUUUCCGGUUUUUUCUCUCUUUCUCUUCCUUUCGUUACCACUCUCCGACGCGCUGAUUCACGACGAAGAUAUCGUAGCGCAAGCGCGUUGCGAGUCGGUUGAUCUAUAUAUAAUUGUGCCAUAUUAAUUUCUUGUAAUUAAUAUAUUACGGAAUUACGUAUAAAAACGCUUUCACAACGGUG